CUUGAGUCUCCAAGUUGAAUCCGGAGCGUCACAAAACCGGAAAGAUGUCUCAAGAUCAUCGGAAUAAGAGGAGAAAGUUGGAUUCUACUCAGGAAUCCGAAGCUUCCACGAACAUCACGUCUCAUGGGCAACUACGCACUCUCUUGACUUUCCAACAGAAUAUAAACGAAGUCAAACAAGGCAUAAAGAAAUUUAAAGAAUUUCUCCUGGAGACUGGACAGGCUGAGAACGAGGGCGAGAAAGCCAAGAAGUUCCGCAUCCUGAAAGCCUACUGCGAUUCACAGAUCUCGCAUGAAGAAGAACCUUCUUGCUUUCCAGAUAUAAUCCAAACUUGGAAUUUUGCAGACACCAACAACAAUGAGUCUUUAUUAACCGUCGUUCCGUCUGUUUUGGCUCUUUUUAUCAGGACGGUAUCUACUAAUUUGGAUUUCCGGGAUUUCGGAUUGGCUUUGUGCAAAUUCUUGCUACGAAAGGAACAACUGAGGUUUUACAACCGCGGUUUGACAGCAACGAAGUCCAAGGAGCAUUUGAUCUCGCCCUGUCUUCGUCUCCUUACUGAGAUUGUCACAUUUGAUGGAGGUGCCGUUGCACGGCACCUCUACGCUGUGCGAUAUAUUACUUUUAAACGCAUAGAAGUCUUUUUGACUCCGAACAAAGCUCAAUUAGAGGAGGUGUUGGACGACAGCCAAAAAUCAACUCUCCGGCGGAAUGCGCAAAGAUACGUUCUGGCGAACUUGAGAUUCCAGCAUGCUAGCGCGAAAAGCGACAUUAUUGAACAGUACAAGGUCAUCAGAGCAUUCCUUGAGUAUGUAAGAAAAGAUCCCCGAGAUAUUGUUUUGGAUAUUAUCAAGGCCAUCGAGAGGGAUAUUUUGCAAGAUACUUCGCUUUCUAGAAAUGCGAAGACCAAAUUUUUCAACCGAGGCAACCUGGAGAGGCUCGUCACUCUAUACGGCUAUGACCGGGAGUCUGAGGAGCCGAAUCCCACUGGCGUGUCCAUCGCUAGUGAAAUCCAUAAGAUUAUGAUGAAUAUCUGCACCAAUUCAAACCACGGUGUCUUGUUGUCGGAGACAAGCUGGUACCCCAAUGGAAGCGAUCCGGAGUCCUUACCGGCUGAAGACGACACAUCGAUCGAAUUGGGACUCGAUUCUGCAGUGUACGUCGACAAAUAUAGAACGUUUGUGCCUGUUCGUAACGGAACACUAUCUUAUCUCGCCCAGACUCUUCGUCCGGAUGCAGAUAGCCUGCAGAUCGAGCUUCUAGUAGCUCUUUUCAGAGAAGCUCCAGAACUUGUUGCCGAUUUCUUCACGAAGAAAACCAUGUUCGUUUCAGACCCGAAACCUACAUCAUCAUGGAUGGCAGAGUCUGCGCUUCUUUUCUCCACAGUCAGCUUGCCCGUUCCAACGAACUUUGGUUGGAAGGAUAAACUACCUUCUAUGCCACCCCCCGUGUCAGUGGUGAUCGAGAACAUCCUGCCUCGUCCUCUUACACAGAAAACAUUAACCCGCUGCUUGAAUUUAAACACGGAGGUAAUCACUUUGUUCGCAGUCCGGAUUCUAACUAUCUCUUUCAAUAAACUGCGAAAGGUCCUUCGUCUUUUUAAUUCAGACCAUGGUGUCAGUCAGUCAUUCUGGGCUCAAGCCACUGGUAAAUUGGUAGCGGAGUUCUGCCGCCGGUGUCCUGUAAUGAAGGAUAUUGUAUCAUUGUACAAAAAAACUGCCAGGGAGGAUCUGCAACAACAAGAAGCCGUUGCAGAUUUGCUCUCUUGCUUUUAUGAGAUUGUGCCUGAUGUUGCAUUUGAAGAAAAUUUUGACGUAUCGCUCGUUCUGGUUGAUAUCUUGAAACGGCUAGAUGAGUCAAGUUCUAGCGAAGAAGACUCAGUAUCGUUACUUGCGCAAUUAGGAAGCAUCCUUAAGAUCGCGCAGCAAUCCGCAUCAAUGCGUUGGUGGCAACAACCAGGCUCCAUGCAAUUCUCCGCGUUCACGUCUAUUCUAAAGGUUUUAGUGGGAGCAUCGUCUCGUGAUUCUCUCGGGGACAUUGAUACCCUGCUGAAGACUGUCCUUACGGAAAACUCUAUAUUACAGGGCCCAAGCUCCUUUUUGCCGCUUCUAUCCAGCUUUGAAACGUCCAACUCGGAGCGUCUCCACCAUCAGCUAUCGUUCUUCGAUAACUGUGUCUGCCGGGUAGCGAAAAAACCAGUUCACUAUCAGGACUUGCUUGGGUCGUUGUCGGAGGAUAUCUUAAAGCCAAUCAGCCCCAUUGUAGCUGCGAUCACUGAACAAUGGCCGUUCGUUGUUAAGUCUGGAGGUGACGCAGAAAGUGCCGUUAGUGCAUGGAUUGCUAAUACUCUUGGGAAGUUAAGAAAUGCCGGUGAAGACUCGAAAAUGCUGAAAGCUGCUCGUGAUACCCUGUUAGCUGCUACCGAGGACAAGCGUACUAGGUCGACUCUAAAAAAGGCUUUGAAAGAUAUCGACGAGGGCUCAUGUGAGAAUAGAAAAAAGAAGGAGUCUAGUGUGGCACAGUGGGCAUCUCCAGGUUCUGGAAAUGAGAAAUUGCUUGUAGACUUGGAAGAGACAUUUGGUGCAUUGCCCACAGAAGGCAAAACUCACAAUGGGCUGCACAGAUGGGAAAAGGACGACUUGGAAAUCUCCGUGGAGCAAGGCCGGGUGGCAGAACUAAUGCUGUGCUUGUGCUCAGAGCAUGAAGAAGUGCGAAGACAGGCAUUCGCCAACAUGACUCGUUUGAUGACCAAGCUCAGAGAAUCCAAAUAUGCCGAAUGGCGGUCAGUGUUCAUUCUCACUGGUGAACUGCUUGAGACAGUGAAGCAGACUGGUCUUGAGUCUCCUAUACCGUGGAUUGUGGGGGAGUGUGCUUCUAGUUGUCUCGCGGUUCUCGUCAAUCCAAUGCACAAGCUGUAUGGGAAAGUCAACAUGUUUCUCCAGAAGGCGCCUUCCUGGGAGCUGGAGAAAAUUCCGUCGUAUUGGAUUGACAAGAUCCUGCUGCACGAACCUGAACAAGACGAUGGUUAUUUCGAGGAAACAAACUGGCUACUGGAUUUGCUUAUCAAAGGUCUUCGCACCAAGACUGAUAUGGAGAUCUACCGCCGUGCGAAUGUUUUUGAGCGAGCACUUUCCUUCUACGAAUCACCUGGAAUUAGUCAACCAGCCAAGCGAAAGAUUUUGCACCUGCUGUAUCGCACGACUCAAGUCCGAGGUGGCACGACGUUGGUUACUCGGGCUGGAAUUGUUAGCUGGAUCCAGAGCCAGAUUCCGGCGUUGAGCGGCAAGGAGGUACCGACCUUCACAGCCAUGGCUCAGUCCUUGUACGAAUCCUCGGAACAGGAUCGGGUCGCAAAAUGGAGUGGAGGAUCUGUGGUGCAGGUUGUUGAGAACAUCGCUGAGUAGACGCCCAAUCCAUGGAGAAAAGGCUGCAGUGGAUCUAU